AUGGAUAAUUUGAAGUCAAAACAACACAGGAGGGGGAGUUUUAUCCCACUUUCAUUGUGCCAAAAUGUGUGGUCAAGUGAGAAGUCCACGAGAGAUUCACGAUCAAAUGAUGAUAACGGGGUAAAUGUGCAGGUCAUUUUGCGUUGCAGGCCUUUGAUUGAGGAUGAGGUUAGGGUGACAACACCCAUGGUGGUUUCUUGUAAUGAGCCAAGAAGAGAGGUGUCAGUCAAUCAAAUCACAACUCAUAAACAGAUAGACAGAACCUUUAUGUUUGAUAAGGUAUUUGGUCCGACAUCUCAACAGAAGGACUUAUAUGAUCAAGUUGUCUCUCCUAUAAUCACUGAAGCUCUCGAGGGUUAUACUUGGACUAUCUUUGCUUAUGGUCAGACAGGAACAGGGAAAACAUACACAAUGGAGGGGGAAGGAAGAAAAGAAAAGGUCAUUUUGCGUUGCAGGCCUUUGAUUGAGGAUGAGGUUAGGGUGACAACACCCAUGGUGGUUUCUUGUAAUGAGCCAAGAAGAGAGGUGUCAGUCAAUCAAAUCACAACUCAUAAACAGAUAGACAGAACCUUUAUGUUUGAUAAGGUAUUUGGUCCGACAUCUCAACAGAAGGACUUAUAUGAUCAAGUUGUCUCUCCUAUAAUCACUGAAGCUCUCGAGGGUUAUACUUGGACUAUCUUUGCUUAUGGUCAGACAGGAACAGGGAAAACAUACACAAUGGAGGGGGAAGGAAGAAAAGAAAAGAAUGGAGAAUUCCACAAGGAUGCAGGGGUUAUUCCAAGAGCUGUUCAGCAAAUCUUCGACAUUCUGGUGGCUCAAAAUGCUGAGUAUAGCAUGAAAGUGACAUUUCUAGAGCUUUACAAUGAGGAAAUCACAGAUCUUUUGGCCCCUGAUGAUAAUUCGAAAUUCUGCGAUGACAAGUCUAAGAAGCCGAUAGCCCUUAUGGAUGAUGGGAAGGGGACUGUUUUUGUGAGAGGCCUAGAAGAGGAGAUAGUAUGUACAGCAGAUGAAAUAUACAAAAUAUUAGAGAAAGGGUCUGCAAAAAAGCAUACUGCAGAGACUCUUCUCAACAAACAAAGUAACCGUUCUCACUCAAUAUUUUCUAUCACAGUCCAAAUUAAGGAGUGUACUGCAGAGGGGGUAGAGCUGAUCAAGUGUGGAAAACUAAAUCUUGUUGAUCUUGCUGGUUCUGAGAACAUAUUGCGCUCUGGUGGAAGAGAGGGAAGAGCACGGGAAGCUGGAGAGAUCAAUAAGAGCUUGCUUACACUUGGUCGUGUCAUUAAUGCACUUGUUGAGCACUCUGGGCAUGUUCCAUACAGGGACAGCAAAUUAACAAGGUUGUUGAGAGACUCAUUAGGAGGGAAAACAAAAACAUGCAUAAUUGCCACAGUAUCACCAUCAGUCCACUGUUUGGAAGAAACACUUGGCACUCUAGAUUAUGCAUUCCGUGCAAAAAGCAUCCAGAACAGACCAGAGGUUAAUCAAAAGGUGAUAAAAUCGGCAUUGAUCAAAGAUCUGUAUUUGGAGAUAGACCGUCUUAAGCAAGAGUUGCAUGCUACAAGGGAGAAGAAUGGCAUCUAUAUACCGCGGGACCGAUACCUGAGUGAAGAAGCAGCCAAGAAGGCAAUGGCUGAAAAAUUAGGGCGCUUGGAACUUGAUUCAAAGUUUAAGGACAAGCAACUGAUGGAUCUUCGGGAGCUCUAUAUUUAUCAGCAACAGUUGACAACAGAUCUAAGUGAAAAACUCGAAAGGACCCAGGGAGAAUUUGAGCAAACUGAACAAGCUUUGUUUGAUCUAGAUGGUAGAUUUAGACAAGCAAAUGACACAAUUAAAGAGAAGGAAUACUUGAUUUUCAAUCUCCUUGGAUCUGGUGAGUGA